CUCCGCCCUCCGCGAGGCGCGCGGCCGGCCCCUCAGCCAGCCCUGGGUCCGUCGCCCCCGCCCGAGCCCGCCCCCACCUUCACUCUUCCAGCUCCCUUUCCUCCCUUGGCAGUGGCCGCCCCCCGCGACGCUGAGAGCCAGAAGGCGGACAUCCGGAAGGACGUGCAGAACUACUACGGGCAGGUGCUGAAGACAUCGAAGGACCUCCAGACUAAUGCUUGCGUCACCGUGGCCAGGCCUGUACCCAAGCACAUCAGGGAAGCCCUGCAGAAUGUGCACGAAGAAGUUACCUUAAGGUAUUAUGGCUGUGGUCUGGUCAUCCCUGAGUGUCUGGAAAACUGCUGGAUUUUGGAUUUGGGUAGUGGAAGUGGCAGAGAUUGCUAUGCACUUAGCCAACUGGUUGGUGAGAAGGGCCACGUCACAGGCAUAGACAUGACUGAAGGCCAGGUAGAAGUGGCUAAAAAAUACCUUGACUAUCACAUGGAAAAAUAUGGCUUCCAGACAUCCAAUGUGACUUUUAUUCAUGGCUACAUUGAGAAGUUGGCAGAAGCUGGAAUUCAGAAUGAGAGUUACGAUAUUGUUAUAUCCAAUUGUGUUAUUAACCUUGUGCCUGAUAAAGAACAAGUGCUGCAGGAAGUGUAUCGAGUCCUGAAGCACGGUGGGGAGCUAUAUUUCAGUGACGUCUAUGCUAGCCUUGAAUUGCCAGAAGAAAUCAAGACACACAAAGUUUUAUGGGGUGAGUGCCUAGGUGGUGCUUUGUACUGGAAGGAUCUUUUCUUCCUUGCCCAAAAAAUUGGAUUCUGCCCUCCACGUUUAGUCACUGCCAAUCUCAUUACAAUUCAAAACAAGGAACUUGAAAGAAUUAUUGGUGAUUGUCGUUUUGUUUCGGCCACAUUUCGUCUCUUCAAACUCCCUAACACUGGACCAACUGAAAGAUGCCAAACUAUUUACAGUGGAGGAAUCACAGGACAUGAAAAACAAUUAAUAUUUGAUGCAAAUUUCAUAUUUAAGGAUAUUAUCACAGAUCCAUUCAAGCUUGCAGAAGAUUCUAACAAAAAGCCCAAGUGUGCCUCCAGUGUUGCUGGAGGCUGCUGUGGCAAAAAGAGAAGCUGCUAAAUUAAUCUACAACCAAUAAGGAGACCAUGCGACUGAAGAACAGGCUGCAUGUUUUUAGCUUGCUCUUCCCCAUAGCACAUAGGAAUAAAUGGUAAAAAAGGCAAAAUGUUUUGGAUUACUAAUAAAAAAUAAGUGAAUUAUUUUAGAAGGUGUUGAUUAAAGGUUCACAGCAAAUCACCUAAAGUUUAGACUAGUUAAGCUGUUUUAUUCUAUUUCUUCAGUAAUUCAGAGUUCUAGUGCCACCUAGUGGUCGGAAGUGGAACUGAGUGAAGCAAUCCUAUGGCUGGGUCAAGGGGCAAGAAAGGCUUUGGAAACAGAGUUGGCAGAGGACCUGAGGAAGAACAUCUUUCUUCUGGCCUGCUGGGCAGCACCUUUUGGACUUUUCUCCAUGUUUUCUCUAAACAAAUCUACUACUGAAGUCAGGUUAAUCAUGCCAAAAAAUUGGCAAGUCAAAUUUGAUAGGCAUGCUCUUAAUAACUCAUUUUUUGGUACUGCAGGUUGAGCCCAGGGAUGCUUUACUACUGAACAACAUCCCAGCCCUUUUUAUUUUCUUAUUUUGAGAUAAGUGUUGCUAAGUUGCUGAGGCUUCCCUCAAACUUGCGAUCCUCCUGCCUCAGCCUCCUGAGUUUGCUGGGGUUACAGGUGUGUGCCACGGCACCCUGUGAGAUUUUAAACCAAAUACUUCUAUCUUUUUCUUUUUGUGCAGUUGAAUGUAGAAAACAAUGAAUAAAAUUUUUGACCCUAA